UACAGAAUAUAUUAAGUCUGUAUUACGAAGGAAGGAGAUAAUUUGACAUACAUUUUUUAAUAUAAACAAUAAAAAUUUCGAUUUAUAAGUCUCAUUGAUUGUCUUUUAUCAUUUAAAAAUUAUUACGAAUAUGUUAUCUAAAAUGUUUUAAACAUAACAUCUAUGUUCUUAAAAUAGUUUUUUUUUAUUUAAUUUAACUUCAAAGCGUUAAUUAUUAAUUUAUAAUGAUAUCCUUAAAUGAAAAAAAUGCUUCACAGUUAGAAUUUCAGCAUGUACAUAAUGUGUAUGAAAAUAUUGCAUCCCAUUUUAGUGACACUAGACAAAAACCAUGGCCUAAUGUUGUUAAAUUCAUUAAUAAAGCUGAACCAGGAUCUAUAAUUUUAGAUGUUGGUUGUGGAAAUGCAAAAUAUUUCACAAGUAAUUCUACAAAUUUUCAAGUAGGUUGUGAUCGAAGUACUCAAUUAGCCCAAAUAUGCAAAAGCCGUAAUCACCAAGUUUUUAAUUGUGAUUGCCUUCAAUUACCGUUACGUUCAAAUUGUAUUGAUUUCUGUAUAAAUAUAGCUGUUCUCCACCAUUUAUCAACAUCAGAGCGAAGAUUUAAAGCCUUAAACGAGAUAUUUCGAGUAUUAAGAAAAGGUGGUCAAGCACUUAUUUAUGUUUGGGCUAAAGAACAGAAAAGAAAUGAAACACCUUCAACAUAUUUAAAACAGAAAAAAGCUCAUAUAAAAAAUUCAAGUUCAGUUAAUGAUACAAUAAGUAAUCAUUAUCAUGUAGAAAAAAUUGAAUUGGAUCUUCCAAUUCAUACUAAUCGUUCUAACUUUAUACAUAAUGACUUAUUAGUACCAUGGAAAUUAAAUAAAAAUAAAUUAAAUGACAAAGAUCCUGUGACACAUCUUAGAUUCUAUCAUGUCUUUGAAGAAACAGAAUUAAAGUCUUUGUGUGAGAGAAUUUCAAAUUGUAAAAUUAUUGAGUAUUAUUAUGAUCAAGGAAACUGGUGUAUAAUUUUUGAAAAAUUAUUAAAUACUUAAAAUAAAAUACUAUAUAUUGGUUUAUAAUAAA